UGUUUUUUUUUUUUGACUAAACAUUACGUUUAAUUUGCAUUCUUAACCGCCAUUUUACCCUUUGACGAAUGUUUACGUGCCUUUUUGUCGUGUGUUGUUUAUUUAGUAAGGUUAGCUGACAGGCGUGACUUCACCGGAGUUCAAACAGGAACUUCUUUAAAAAAUAACGUAUUCGGUUGGUGUUUUUUUGUUUUUUUUUAAAGACGUCAUGAUCCCCGAAUGUCCAAGUGCGGCGGAGACGGUCGGUAAGGCCGAAUACCAGCACAGCCCGCCGGCCGAACCGAACCGGAGCAUCGUGGAGGGCUUGUUGACCGAAAUUACAACCACCAUCAAGAGCGAACCUUUCACCGACCAUUUCACCAUUAUCCCCGGCAAAGAGCUCGGAAGGGGCAAAUUCGCCGUGGUCCGAAAGUGCGUGAAGAAAUGUACAGGUCAAGAAUACGCCGCAAAGUUCAUGAGGAAGCGGCGAAAAGGGCGGGACUGCCGUAUGGAGAUCAUCCACGAGAUUGCCGUGCUUGAGCUGGCCACAGACAGUCAGCGAGUGGUUAGUCUUCACCAGGUCUAUGAAAUGGCCUCUGAGAUGGUGCUGGUCCUGGAAUUUGCUGCUGGAGGGGAGAUCUUCAACCAGUGUGUGUCAGAUCAAGAGGACGAGUCCUUCAGCGAGAACGACGUGAAGAGGCUCAUGAGACAGAUCCUACAAGGAGUCGCCUUCUUACAUCAAAGAAAUGUUGUCCAUCUUGACCUGAAGCCUCAGAACAUCCUUCUGACCAGCAGCUCUCCUCUGGGUGACAUUAAGAUAGUGGACUUCGGUCUGUCCCGUAUCGUCAGCAGCCACCAAGAGCUCAGAGAGAUUAUGGGAACUCCUGAGUACGUUGCACCAGAGAUUCUAAAUUAUGAGCCUAUAAACACAGCAACAGAUAUGUGGAGUAUAGGUGUUUUGGCCUAUGUGAUGCUGACAGGCCUCUCUCCCUUCCUGGGCAAAGACAAGCAGGAGACCUUUCUGAACAUCUCCCAGAUGAACGUUAGCUAUGAUGAGGAGGAGCUGCAGGAGCUGGACCAGGCCGUGUCCUUCAUCCAGACUCUGCUCUGUAAACAGCCACAGGUCCGAGCCACAGCCGAGCAGUGUCUCCAACACCCGUGGCUCCAGCCCGAAGAUCCUCAGGAAACGGCGACAUGCGAUGAACGCCCCCCACUGGAAGUCCAGGGUGCAUCCAGCAGUAGCCCAGAGAGUUGCACUGCUACUACUUGUACAGACAGCGUUGAGGAGGAAGAUGAAGGUCCCGUGACUGAGGACCUCAUCGUCAUGGCCGCCUACACCCUGGGCCAAUGCCGCCAGUCCUCCGCCGCCGAGAAGGAGGCCCUGGUCACAGAGAAGAAGGCCAACUCCAAACGCUUCAAGUUUGAGGAGCCCUUCAGUGUCCUGCAGGAGGUCCCCGGGGAGUUCAUCUACUGAAACUCCACCCAUAAGAGGUAAACGGGGCUCAAAAAUGUGAUUGAGCCAUUCAAUCCGGGGCUUUCAUUGUAUUACUUUAUUGGGUGUUGGUGAGACGGUCAUAAAUCAAUCACUUUUUGACCUAAGUAGCCCUGUUUACAUCUCUUCACUCCAUCACGAGCAACAUUUACCCCAUCAGUUGUAAAUUGUUUCCUAUGUAUGUGUCAAGUUUGUAUAACGUUUCACACACAACUUGUCAUUGUUAAGUUCUUUAUUGAAGUGGCGACUGAUAAAUGUAUCUGCAAUUAUACUCCAAACCACGAGUAGAUGACCUUUAACCCCUGAACCUGUUGGCUGUUGAAGUGAGGAUCUUUCUUUUGUAGUGAUCUUUUUAAGAGCAGGUGUUCACCAAUUAUUCACCGAUUUGACCUACACUAAAACCAUUUUUGAGAAACAGAAACAACAAGUUAAGCAUUGUUUCUUCUCAUUUUAGAUUUUAAAUGUAUCAUCUUGCCAGGAAAAAAAAAAAGAGUUGGGAAAAACACAUCUACAAAGAAAGAUGAUGAUUAAAAGCUUAAGAAAUACUACAAUUAAUGUAGGUAGUGAAUACAGCCCUGAAUAAGUUUUAUGAAUAUGAUUUUUGAGAACCUGUACAAUUUAAUUGAAAAAGAAGCACCAACAUAACUUUUUAGCUUUAGUGUGAAUAUUUAGGAAAUGCUGUUCAAAUAUGACAUUUGAACAGCAGCAAAAGACACACAUUAUGGAUUUUUUUAAAAUAAAAAAAACACUUAAAAAAGAGAUGGAAAAAAUGUCUUAGUUAUAAUAUGUAAAUAAACGGAAUCCAAAAAUGCCUAAGGAAUUUUGCAAGGGCGAAAAGAAAGGUGUUGGCCCUCUCUGUAGGCCAAACUGUAGACAUAUUUAUAGUUUAAUAACAUUUGAAUUUAAAUUACAAUUGCAUAACACAUAGGAAUUUAAAAAAUGUGCAUGGUCAUUUGCCUUGGUUGGUGGGCUCAUGGAUGUACUUUUUUUUUUUUUUUUUUGUCUGACAAAUACUCCCCCCCCCACACACACACACACACACACACACACACACACACAAAAACACUAUGCCACCGGUUAAUAAACUAAGAAUAUAAGCUAAAAAAAUGCCACUUCAAAUAGCCCUUAUGUAAAUGUAUGAUUUGCUUUCACACUAAAACUGACGAAAAACUUUGUUUCUUCUAUAAUUUGGUUGAUUGAUACUAUUAUCUCACUCAGGCGCAUUGUGUUAUUUUAUUUUAUUUUUUUGGUGCCAUGAUUGAAGAAAGUAUUUUUAGGGUUUUGUGUCCAGUAUACUACAUUCACCUUUCAACUUAUUUUUGUACAUGAUGUUUGUUUAUAUAAUUUAAGAAUACAAUACUGUUAAAUAUACAUGUCAGGUAUUUGUGAAAUGUUCAACAUAGGAUACAACCUUCAAGGGCUCUGUCAUUUGUUUUAGCAGCACUAUAAAUAUUCAUUUGUUCAAGUUGUACAUGUUGACUUUAUAGUUUUGGGAAUGACGGUCUUGAAACAAUUGUUGUACAAAAAUGUCUUAUACUACAAAUAAACAUGGCAAAUGUGUUGGGAGUUGGGUACCAUCUGUUAGGCAAGAUUCAACGCAAUUCACUCCCUGAUUGGCUUCCA